CUUAGAGUGUGACAGUCAUUUGAGUCGAGGGUGGCAGAAUCAGGGCCUACUCACACUAGCACAUUUAAGGCCAGAGCUGGAUGCAUCUGACUGAAAUUUUCCAUCCAUCAAUAAGUCGAAAAAGUCCCCGUGCGAGGGUACCCGCAGAGGGUUCUGCUGGGCUUCGGAUCACGCCAUCUGGUGGUUUUGCAGGUGUUCAGUUGAACUGAAAUGACUGUGAAAGACUCUUAAGGGUUCUUCCGACCUUCAGCACUGUGGUAAUUGACUUGAAUGAUUUGAAUUUUGAAUCGAUGGUCGUCAGACCAGGUGGGAGCAGGUGGGACAUGGGAUUGACCAGCUUUGGUCCAUUUAGUCCAUCUUCAGCAAAAGUAGUGCCAGAGUAUUGGUUUUCUUUUCAGACUCUUUCUUUCUUUAACGAGUUUUUUUUUUCAACUUUUUUGGCAUUGAUGUGGGUAAGAAUCUUGGUGCAAGUCUUUUCUCGACCCAUUGGUAGGCACGCCGUUACAGCCUGCUGAUGUGUCAGUCACAUUUUCACACCCCUCACUCUUUACCCAGUUUGGGAUUGCGGGGAUAGAGGUCAGGUUGGGAUUGCGGGGAUCGAGGUCAGGUUCGGACUUCGGGAUGGAGAUCAGGCUGGGAUUUGGGGAUCGAGAUCAGGUUGGGAUUUGGGGAUGAAGAUGAGGUUGGGAUUUGGGGAUCGAGAUUCGGUUGGGAUUUAGCGAUCGAGAUCAGGUUGGGGUUCGGGGACCGAGACGAGGUUGGGAUUUGGGGAUCGGGAUGGGAUUUGCGGAUUGAGAUCAGGUCGGGGUUUGGGGAUCAAGAUCAGCAUAUAUGGAUCACGACCGGGAUGAGGAUGGGGAUCAAAUCCAGGUUCACAAUUCGGACCAGGUUCAAAUUGAGCGCAGCUGAGCUGCACGCGCCAUCGAUCGCCAAGAUCAGCAUAUGGAUCACGACCGGGAUGAGGAUUGGGAUCAAAUCCAGGUUCACAAUUCCUACCAGGUUUCAAUUGAGCUCAGCCAAGCUGUGCGCGCCAUCGAUCGACGACCAAAGUUCAAGGGCACAUGCAGCCGCAGAUGUCUGUCCCGGAUCACACGCAAAGUGGACCAGGUUCGAACUGAGAUGGGCGAAGCUUCUAUCGAAAACACAGAGAGAAAGUUCGGAGGCACGUUCAUCCAAAGGCGCAGGUGCCUCUGUCUUGCUUUCUCAUGUUGAGAGCAACCAGGGCAGCCUUUAUGUGGGAUGAGGCUGUCAAUUUGGAACAGUUGUGUGCUGGUUCCAAAUCCCCCUCCCUGCCAUUGUACCAGAUUGGAACCUAUGUUUUUCUUAGGGGGCAUGAUACUGGUGCGGAACCUAUCUUCUGGGCCCAUGGUACCAGAUUGGAACCAAUGUUUUUUUUAGGGGGCAUGAUACCGGUGCGGAACCUAUCUUCUGGGCCCAUGGUACCGGAUUGGAACUUAUCUUUUGGCUGCAGUAGAUUGGUCAUAGAGGACUGAAGUGGGACAGCAAAUCAGCCCCACUGUUCCACGUCUCCUCAAGCUGUCAAUUAGGGACAGUUUCUGCACCGCUCCCAAAUCCUCGGGCCCGCCAUGGUACCGAAUUGGAACCUAUCUUCUGGGGUCAUUGUGCCGGAUCAGGACCUGUCUUAUGGGCCCAUGGUACCAGAUUGGAACCUAUCUGUUGGCUGCACUAGAUUGGUCAUAGAGGACCAAAGUGGGACAGCAAAUCAUCCCAGCCCAGCUGUUCCAUGUCUCGUCAAGAUGCUCCAGGUUCUCAAGCACGCCCACUGUCUGACCAGCCAGAUAUAUUUCCGUAAUGUGGCAAGCGUCUCAUUUUCUUCCUUCUUUAGAAGUUUAGAGUCUUUAGACUCCUUUUCUCAUUCUUUACUUCCUCCCCUCUGUCCGCACAGCUCAUCAAAACUGUUUUUCGUGUGAUCGAGGUGAUCGUAGUAACCGGUCAUCGAUCGUUGCAUAUGGUAUUUGUAAGUGUGACAGUUUGUCGAUUUCUUCCGUCCCUCAGUUGGUUUUGUUGGGUGAGGGUGGAGAGGGGCAACCCCCCUCGCAGCAGUACCGAGCUCCAGAGGGUUUGGCAUGUUCUCUUGGAUUGGGCAUCGUCGCGUAGGGACGCAUGUCCUUGUCUCGACCGAAAGCCCGAGUACAAAACUGCUUUGAUUCACUUGGUGUCUAUUCUCUUUCUCUUCCCAAGUUUUAUUUCCCCUUUUGUUUGUGCCUUUUGCUUUUCAAGGAUAAUGAUAGAGUCUGAGCUUUUAAGUAUGUCGAACGGUUUGGCGUCAUCACAUUCCGGUUUUGUUAUGUCAGGUAAGAUGUCAAUAGUGCACUGUUUGUGCACCUCACUUAUUUUUCUUCUUUUUUUUUUUCCCCUUUCUUUCUUGCGCAAGGACCAUGCUCUUGUGCAUCUCUAAUAGACGUAUUAAACUGUUAAUUGCAUGCACGGUGUGAGCGCUAAACUCUCUUGUAGUUUUUUGUGACUAUUGGAUUGUGCUAAGAUAGGAGGAUCGAUAUUGUCACUCCGGAUGCAUACAUGCACCGAGUUGGAUCGCUCACGGGUGAAGACCGGAGCAGUGUUUUCUAGCGUUGGGUACUCUAAACUGAUGAGCUCAACAGGAGUGUGGUAGUGUUAAUGUACGGUACGGUAUAUAAUUUGGAAACAUGAUAAUGUGCUAUAUAUCCCUCCUGUGCUAUAUAUCGAUUUGAUGAACUCUGGCCAUUCAAGGAGGGAGAUCAGAUUGUCCAUCUUUGGGUGCUCUUACUGAUGAAGUUAAUGGAACUGGUACAUACAUACUGUAUGAUAAUGUGCUUUUGAAAUGAGCAACAGGGCAAAUAGCUUUAUGGCAUGCGGCAUGGCCUGUCAAGAGUGUACAUUUUGUCCUAACCUCAGCCCACCUCUGCACGUCCUUGCUUGCAUGACUCUGCAAUGUUGAUUCUCGUAGUCAAAUGUAGCAUCUCUCUCUCUCUCUCCCUCCCUCUCUCUCUCUCUCUCUCUCUCUCUCUCUCUCUCUCUCUCUCUCUCUCUCUCUCUCUCUCUCUCUCUCUGCACCCUCUCUCUCUCUCUCUCUCUCUCUCUCUCUCUCUCUCUCUCUCUCUCUCUCUCUCUCUCUCUCUCUCUCUCGAUGCACUAUCGUAACGGGUGGUAAUAAUGAUGAUGAUAUGAUGAUGACAAUGGUGGCAGCUAUGGCAGUGAUGCAUUCGUCAUCUUGUGCGCAUGCGCGUUGGGGACAAGCACAUGGGUGUGGUCGUCCACUUCUUACAUACCUGAGACUCCAAAGAUUGUCAAGUGCAGCGGCAACGAACAGAGUAUGCGCUCUGAGGUCUGAACUGAACAUCGAUCACCGGAAUGGCUGUCAUGCCACUUCAUCCAGGAGGUCUUUACUGCGGAGCCACAAUUGGAACCAUGGUAUCUGUUGGGCUAGUCUACUCUCACAGAAUAGUGCCACUCUUCCUUGUAAGAACUUUUGCAACCUUGCUGUUGAGUGGAGUUCCAACGACGGAUGUGACACCGUCGAGGGCAAGUGGAUCAACAGCUAUCCCAAUUACAGACUAGCUGCUAGGCAUGGUUGUGUAUCACCCUCAUGGCGGCGAAAGGUAGCGCAGACGUGUAUGCCUGCAUACUCUGGGAUGGAGGCACAACCACAUCUAGGGACAAAUGUGAGAUGGGUGAGAUACAUUCCUCCGUCUUCCAGGGUAAACGCACGAGGGAUGUGCAGGCUACCAGCUCAAGGUCUCAUUAGGUUAACCCAUCAAGUGGUCAGAUCAAUCCCUAGAGGGUUCCUUGAAUUACUACCCCUUCGAGAGGGCUGGUCAGCCCCGAAAGGGGUGAUCGGUUGCAGUGCGCUCUUUAGAAGACGACAGUCGUUUGGAGAGUGGGGAAGUUGCACUCCUGGGUGCAUGCCAGGAGAGCAGAUUCCUACGGGACUCUGGAGAUCGAAGGCACGUUACGCAGGCAUUGUGCCGAUCGAUUUAGAAGUACGGGGUAGUAAUUCAAGGGAUUCUGGCCGUGGCCGAGGAGCAGGCAACCAGAGACGAGAGCUGCAUGCCUGCCGUGCAUCUAGAAGAAGAUCAGGGGGUACUUUCGGUGACGACAAUGAAGAAGAGGAGGCCCCAAAGCUGAGCAAAAAUGCAAUGAAGAGAGUAGCUUUGCAAGGUGUCGAGUGGGCAGAGACCUUGGCAAAGAUGAGUGUGAAGCAGAUUGAAUCAGUCGUUGAAGAUGCGGACCUUCCCGAGGAAGUGCCCGAGGCCAUUGCCCUUGUGAAGACUCUUGGCAUCAAGACGAAGAAUGGCCGACGUAGGCAAUUCAACUACAUCGGUAGUCUUCUGCGUGAUGCUGAUCCACAGCUGAUGGAAGCCGCAAUCGCUGCCGCGAGGGAGGGGAGGUCCUUGACUGCAGCAAGAAGUGCACGCCAACAAGUGGAAAACAACGCAGAGUCAGAGGGCGUGGAAGUCGCGCGUGCAAAUCCUUAGGCUGUGCUCAUACAGUGCCAUACAUGAAUAUCGUUUCGGAAACGUUGCGACGGCAUAACUGUGAUUGUGCCCAUAUCCAUCACACUUUCAGUAUGCUCUCAGAUGCCUCUCUGCAAGUGUUGUAUUCCAGUGCUAGAUUAGUCAGAAGCAGACCUUGCGUAACUUAAACGAAACUCUUUCUCUGUUCUUUUAGGGUACCUUAGGUGGAAGUGGAGAGAAAAGAGUAUUGAGGGAACAAGAAGCAUGCACAGUGUACAUGGCCACGUACCGUGGGUCCUGCGUAUGGGUGAAAUGUAUCAUCCCCUCAUGGGUGGUGAGUGUAGUCAAUGCAACGCCUUCUCCUUUUAUAAAUCGGGAAGAAGCCCUUUUUAUUAACCCUGGCCUCUUUUUAGCUGCAGCGUUGGAUUGACUAACUGUACUUUCUUUUGUAUAGCUUCAGGUGUAACGCGCGGUUGGAGAGGGAUCUCCGUCGAGUUUGUGAGGCUCGUAUGCAUUCCACCAGUUGAGCUGGCUAGUUUCCUGGCAUUCCUGUCCGAAGAGAACCAAGGCAUGGUCGCGCUUGGCGGUGAGUAGCACACCUCCUGACAAUGGGGCUCAGCUUCCCAUAU